UCCAGAUGGGACAAUCCUGCAUGUUCCGAGGUCGACGGUCCGUUUGGUCACUUCCUCCACCUCUCGUUCCCAACUUCUUCCAUCAAGCCGCGGCGCCUUCGCCUCCACAUGCGCGUCAACAAAGCUAUUAGGGCAUGCUUGCUUCUCUUCGUGGUGGCAUCGACGUGUGAAGCCCGUGCCCAAGUCAACGGCGUCGUGGGUGUGUCAUGCACCAAACGCUCCGACUGCGGCUUGGUCCCGAGUCUUGGAUGCCGUCAAGGCGCAUGCAAUGUAUGUGUCACCGACGACGACUGCGGCGGCGACGCAUUCAGCUACUACCGCUGCGUUGCAAGUCCUGCCGGUCCCGCCGCAUGCCUCAACAAGAACGUGUUCUCGCCAUUUACAGGAGCCGACGUCCUGGCCGCCUUCCUCGCCGCCUUCAGCACCGCGCUCGGCGCCGCGUGCGGUCUCGGCGGCGGCGGGCUCUUGGUGCCACUGUACAUUGUCGUCGUGGGGCUAACCCCCAAGUUUGCGAUCCCGUUGUCGAAAGCCACGAUUCUCGGCGGCGCCUUGGCCACGUACUGGUCCAACUACCACUCCAAGCAUCCAUAUGCAUCGCGGAGGCCCAUUAUCGACUACGCAUUGGCUGGCUUGAUGGAACCUCCGACUCUCGUCGGCACGAUCGCGGGGGUGAUGGCCAACGGCAUAUUCCCAUCGUGGCUGAUCCUGGCGUUGCUCAUUUUGCUGCUGGCGUUCGUCACGUAUCGGGUCACGACCAAAGCCAAUGCAAUGUAUGCUAGGGAAAAUGCCGAAUUUGCAGCCGCCACGACGACCGCCGACUCGCUCAACCCACCAAACCAUGUCGCAGUGGAAACAACAGGGCUGCAUGUUAACCCCCCUUCGACGCCCCUCGUGGAAAAAGAUGAAGCGAAUGCUGCCGAUCAAGGGGAAGGCCGCGUGGACACCGACUUUGUGCGCUUUCGACCGGAACAGGAGAUAGCGGUACAGUCGUCCAGAACUAUGAGACCGACUACGAGCCAAGAGACUCAACUGGCCGUCUGCCACAUGCAAGAAACCAACACGUUUCCGUUUCGCCAGUGCAUCCUUCCCCUUGUCGUGUGCAUUGCGGCCAUUCUCGCCCAGUCGUUGCUUCGAGGGGGUCACGGCGCGCCUAGCUUGGUGGGCGUCGCCUGUGGAUCGACCAUGUACUGGCUAUUGAUCAUUCCCCCCACGGUCGUUUUGGGGAUCGUGACCUACUUCAUGGGUCGCCUGCUUCUAAACCGCACCCGGCUAUACGCGGCAUGCGGAGAGGACACUGUCAAGGGCGAUGUCACAUGGACCAAGUACAAGGCAUUCGUUGUGUUUCCAGCGCAGUGCGUUGUCGCAGGCUUUGCGUCAGCCUUGCUUGGGAUCGGAGGUGGCAUCGUCCAGGGACCCGUGAUGUUGGAGCACGGAGUGACUCCACUGGUCCAAAGCGCCACUGCGUCGUACAUGAUUCUCUUUACCUCGACAUCCACGACCAUUCAGUACACGAUUGCCGGUCAAUUCCCCGGUGAACUGCAAUAUGAUUACGUGUGUUGGUACGUGGCGCUGGGGUUCCUCGGCGGUCUCUUUGGAAAAAAGGUGGUGGAGCUGUUGAUUCGAAAAAGCGGCCGCAUGUCAUACUUUUUGUACUUUUUGGCGGCGAAUUCCGCCGUCCAGGCCGUGGCCAUGGGGUACAUUGGCAUCCGCAACGUCGUCCACGACAUAAACACGGGCGACAACCUCGGGCUUUCCAGUCUCUGCCAUGGCUAAGUCGAAUAAAAAUACACCUGUGGAAGUAUGGAGAUUUUUGACGCAUCGGGCGUCCGUUCAUUGGAAUGGAUAAGAAGCUAAUACUGUACUACCGUUGGAUGGAU